UGGAGAUUUUUCCAUUUCCCUAAAGAUAAAACAGUACUAAAACAAUGGAUUCAUUUUUGUCGUCGUACGGACAAAAUUAAUGUUAAAAAUGCAUGCAUUUGUGAAGUGCACUUCGCGCCAGAAGCCUUCGAAAGAAACUUGCACUUUGAAAUGGGUAAUUAUAGCAUUUUGAUUACAAUAAUUUUACUUUUAUAACCAAACACUCUUGCAGGUUUAAGCUCGCAGACUACAACUAAGUUGCUACCUAGCGCUUUUCCCACGUUAACCACUGCUCCUGCAGAGGCUAAUGAACGGCAGAAAAGGAUGGAGUCUCGUUCCAAAAAAGAGAUGUUAACAACAAUGUUGAAGAAUGCCGCCCCUGUUGAAGUAAUUCAAGAAGACGAGGUUGGAGAGGCACCUCAAACCGCAGGAGAGGAGGUCAUCGAUGAGAAAGACGAGAAAAUGCUGCAUUUGGAAACAGAAAUACAUAGGCUGAAUAGUGUUGUUAGAAUUUUGAAUAAGUGCAAAAACGAGCAGUUAGCAGAAAUUAAACGCCAGAGGAUUUCUAUUAAAACCUCGGAAUUCCACAGAAAUAAUUGGGGCAAAAACUUAGCUGCAUUUUCACCAACGGCAAGGUAAGUGCCCAAAUUCUAAAAAGUAUGUUGCAAAAUAUAUAAGUAUUAAAGCUCAUUACACAUACAUAGAUUGAA